GUCCCACCAGGCUGCCACCCAGCGAUCUUUAGUCAUUAGAGUCUCUAAGACACAUCUGCUCCCUUGCCUGGCCAAACAGAGCUCUAAUCUUUCUGAACUAUGCCUCGCAUUCACAGUCGUUUCCAUCUCUGCCUUCCUCCUGGUUUCUUCUUGUCUCUGCUACUGGACAGACUCUGAGACUGGGCUUUCCUUCUUCACGCAUUGAGGGACUGAUGAAGCAGACUUCCAGUGGGAACAGUGCCUGGUUAAACCAGGACCAGGGAACACUACAGUUACUGUUAAUCUGUACUGUACCUAUGGAACGGAACAGGUGUGGGGGAGUAACCCAGAAGAAUGUGCUCAUCGCUGUGGAUGGUUCCAGAACCUUGUUAAAACCCAGAGAAGGAUGUGACUUGGCAGCCAGUCAGAGGGAGUUGUUCUCAUCGAAAGGUUUACUUUUGGACUGUGUGAGCCACAGACUGUGUAUACAGGCUGACCUACCCCAGCUGUGGAGCCUCUGUGUGAGCGGAAGCCUGCGUUUUGGCCAACCUUCUUAGAAAACAGCGAAGAGAGUGAGAGAGAGAGUCUGAGUGCUUGUAUUUAUGUGUGUGAGUAUGUGAGUGUGGAGUGGUUUCUGAGACCUGCUCUGAAAGCAAGAGUGGAAGAUGCCGGCCAUUCUGGUCGCCUCUAAGAUGAAGUCAGGACUGCCCAAACCGGUGCACAGCGCCCUGCCCAUUCCUCAGAUACAGAACCCUGCCAGGUCCAGGACCUCCAGCCCUCACAGGGCCAGCCACCUCAGACACAGCCCCCUGACAGCCUCUCACCAGCAGGGAGAGAGCCGGGGAGAGAGGAUGACCACUCCCACCAAAAGCCUCUCAACCACAGGGAGUGAAGACCGAGAGGACCCUCAGAUUUACACGGACUGGGCCAACCAUUAUCUGAUGAAGUCGGGCCGUAAGCGACUGAUCAAGGACUUGCAGCAGGACGUUACAGAUGGAGUGCUACUGGCUGAGAUCAUACAGGUUGUCGUGAAUGAAAAGAUAGAAGACAUCAAUGGCUACCCUAAGAGCCGGACUCAGAUGAUUGAGAACAUCGAUACCUGCCUUGGAUUCCUGGCAGCCAGAGGGGUGAACAUCCAGGGGCUCUGUGCAGACAAGAUCCGUAAUGGGAACCUGAAAAUGAUUCUGGGUCUGUUCUUCAGCUUGUCCCGCUACAAGCAGCAGCAGCAGCAGCAGAAGCUGUUGAAGCAGCAGGCCUCUCAUCAGCCAGAGCACAGCACCCAGCCUGGACAUACUCCCCAUAGGUCACCAGCCCCCUCUCACACCCACACCCAUCAUACCCACAGCUCCACUGCACCAGAACACAAAGCAGCAUCAGAUAUGCUGUCCAGUCUAUCAUCCAAGGCUUCUACCACUCAGAGUAAAGGGCUAAAGCUCUCUGUGGCACAGAGAAAGGCUUCUAGACUGCCAGGCCCCACCACGCGGGUCUCGGCCCCAGGCAGCGAGGGGAAGCAUCGCGGGGCCUCCAACGGCAACCGCCGCAGCCAGAGCUUCAACCACCAUGACGUGCCCAAGCCCUCCAGCAGUGACAGAGAGAGAAGCACCACUCCCUCUCCCAUCAUGAGUGAGCACGGUCUGUCUCCAGGGACCGUCAAUGGCUACUCUUCUUCCUCUUCCUCCUCCAUCCCCCAGCCCAAUGAAGGGAACAGCAGCAAGCUCUGGAGGAGUAAGUCCCUGAACACUAAGCACAGCGCCACCUCCUCCAUGCUGUCCGUCAAGCAGGACCCUCCCACCAGGCAGCCCGCGGCCCCACCCCUAGAGGUCCUCCCUAAAGUCAUCGCCCAGAAGUCCAUGCUGGAGAAACUCAAGCUUUUCAACAGCAAAGGAGGCUCCAGGGCAGCUGUAGUCCUGACUGACAGGCCGACGGGGCAGGAGACGGAGUCGAUGGCGUCGCGCCCCACCAGCGGUGACCUCCUGGAGGUGGCAGAGGGGAACUCCCUGCCACCCAGUGUCAUGGCAACCAGCCCCAAGCUGGCCCUGAAGGGCAUUGCCCAGCGCACCUUCAGCAGGGCCCUCACCCCCCGGAAGAGCUCUCUGAAGACUGAGGAGAAGGAGAAGGACAAGGCCAGGUCCAAGGAGAGGGACAAGGCCCGGGAGGGAGGCUCCAAGCGGGGGUCUGUCACAGAGCAGGAGGAACCCAGGGAUGACACAAGGCAGGAGGGAGGAGGUUCAGACUCAGCAGAGCCCAAGAGGAACACUAAGAUCACCAGCCUCAUCCCAAAAGGAGGCAAGGCUGGCAGUGGCAAAAAGGAGGGCUCAGCCCCAGCAGCACACUGCGGAAUACCAAAGCCAGGGUCCAAGGCAGGGAAGACCUCAGGGGCGCCCUCUUCUGGUCGAGAUGGAGACAGGCCCCACAGUGUGAGUGCCGGUGGGGGUGGUGGUCUCUCGGCGCACAAGGGCCAGCUGGACAGCAGAAGCUCCAGCUCCUGCUCCAGCCUGGCCUCCUCUGAAGGGAGGUCUCACCAUCAACACCAGCACACCAACGGAGCGCCCCCAGUGGCCUCCACAGCCAGCAACACCAUCAGUGUCCAGCUACCUCAUCCUCAGCAGCAAUACAACCACCCCAACACUGCCACUGUCGCACCAUUCAUGUACAGGUCUCAGCCUGAUGUGACUGGAGCAGACAUGAUGAUGGAGGCAGCGGGGUCACUGGAGGGUCACAGAGAGACUGCAGCCUACAGCAAGUCAGCAGACAACUCCCAGGAGGACCUCACAGGUGAAGACCCUGAGGCCAGGCGGUUGCGGACGGUGAAGGACAUUGCAGAUUUGAGGCAGAACCUGGAGGAGACCAUGUCCAGCCUGAGGGGAACACAGAUUAGCCACAGCACCCUAGAGACCACCUUCGACAGCAGUGUCACCUCCGAGAUCAGCAUAAGAGGCAUGCUCAACCUGUCCCCCCGCCCCAACCCAGUGCUGCCCUGGCGACUGGGCCCCUCCAGCCCACGUCUGCAGGCAGGCGACGCCCCCUCUGUGGGGAAUGGGUACACAGUGGUGACGCGGGGCAGCGCCAGUGGCAUGGUGAGCCCAGAGGGGGGGCGCUACCUCCGCAGCAGGCAGACACCAGGACAGGAGAGUAACUCUGUGUGUGACCUGUCAGACAAGAUGGAGGAGCUGGAGGGCAUUGCCAUAGAGACCACAGGGUACAUGAGCGAUGGGGACGUGAUAGGGAAGAACAUCCACAUGGACAAAGUCACCAGUGGCUACAUGACGGAUGGUGGGCUGGGCAUGUACACACUCCGCCUCAACUGCCUGCCGGAUGGCAUGGCUGUGGUCCGAGAGACACUCCAUCACAACACUUCCAAGGGACAAGGGGACGCCACCGACAGUUGGGACGACAGCAGCUCGGUGAGCAGUGGGAUCAGUGACACUAACGACACAGAUGACAUCAACACCAGUUCCUCAGUCAACACUCCGUCCAUAUCCUGCAAGGACCUAGAGGGACAGCUCCAGACAGACGCAGAGAAACACUCGACCGCCGAGCGGAACUCUGUGUGGUCCGGCAGUGACAAGGUCAAGAGGUCAGACGGUGGCUCGGACAACGGGGUCAAAAUGGAGUCGGGCUCCAAGUAUUGCCGCCACCCCUCAGACAUGUCGGACGAGUCGGACAGGAGCUCCUCGGGCCACAAGACGCCCUCCAUGGCCCACACAGGCUCCUGGAGGCGGGGCAUGAGUGCCCAGGUGGGCGUAACCUCGCCCAGGACCAAGGCUCCCAUCACGCCAGGCUGUGCAACGCUGAAGACCCAUGUUACAGGUAAAACGGACGACGCCAAGGUGUCUGAGAAGGGCCAACAUCAUCUCUCUCCACGGGCCAAGUGUAGCAUGCAGCGCUCCCCAUCAGACACGGGCCGCAGCAGUGGAGACGAGGCCAAGAAGCCCCCCUCCUCCAGCUCCAGCCGCACCCCCACCACCAACACCUUUGGCUUUAAGAAGCACGCAGGAGGAGGUAUGACCAUGGUGACAGCCAGCGGAGUCACCAUCACCAGCGGCUCCGCCACCCUGGGGAAGAUCCCCAAGUCAGUGCAGCUCCACGGGGGUCGGGGCCUUGGUCGCCAGGCCAGUGUGGAUGAUGGCUACCUACCUGUGAGCUCACACUCCACCCUGCAGUACCGCAGCCUCCCCCGGCCCAGCAGAGCCUUUGGCGGGGGUCGCAGCACAAACCGUUCCUCCAGCACCAGCAUCGACUCCAAUCUCAGUAGCAAGUCCAAUACGCUCCAUGGCCCCAAAAGCCGCAGCCAAGUCCCCAAGCCCAGCACUGGUGGUAUCCCCCUCCCUGGCUCUGGAUCCAACCAGACAGACCGGGAGAAGGGGGUGUCCUCUGAUGCCAGUCCCAUAGCCCAUGGAGCCAGGCAACCAGGGGGAAAGUACCCAGACGUCUCCUCCCCUACCAUGCGCAGACUGUUCGGAGGCAAGCAGGGCAAGCAGCAGGCCCCAGUCACCACCGCAGAGAACAUGAAGAACUCCACCGUCAUCUCCAACCCCCACGCCAACUCUGGCCAGCAGGGCGUCACUCUGGACUCCCCCUCGGCCAGUAGCGGGGGCAGUAGCCCUCUGUAUGGGGGUGGAGGUCGUCUGGGUGUGGAGGCCCACUCCCUCUCCCCCCUGGCCUCCAGUCCCAGCUCGGCCCUGUCCACCCCCUCCCACAGCCUGGCCUGGAGCAGCACCCUCAGCCCCGGCUACCCCUCCCUCAGCAGCCUUGCCACCAGCAGCGAGUCCAUUGACCUGUCUCUGGGCAGCGGAGGCCACGGACACCACGGCCCUGGUCACGACACACUGCCAGCCUGCGUCAGGAACAACGGCAUCAAAACUGGCUUCUCAGACAGCCUUAGCCCCCUCUCCUCUCCCUCAGCUAGUCCCAAAUUCAGCCGAAACACUUUACCCCGGAAACAGGACAGGUACGGCCACCUCCCCCAGCAGCGUAUUCAUGACGACUCCCGGGACUGGCUGCGUUCCCACUCUGCAGGAGGUCUUCAGGAGUCUGCCGCCAGCUCACCCUUCUACCCCGCCUCCAGCCUCACCUCGCCCUCCGGAGCCCGCUUCAACUUCUCCCAGCUCAGCAGCCCUACCACGGCGGCACAGAUCAACCUGGCCAACCUCCGCAGCGGCUUGGCCAAUCAGGACGGGUCGUAUGACCCGUACAGUGACCCCCGACUGAGGAACUCGUCCAUGUCUCUGGAGGAGAAGAGUCGCACCAUGAGUAGCUCUGGGUCCUUCAGAGAAGGCCUGGAGGAGGUCCAUGGCUCCUCUGUGUCUCUGGUGUCCAGCACUUCCUCUGUCUACUCCACGCCUGAGGAGAAAGCUCAGUCAGAGAUUCGUAAGCUGCGGAGAGAAUUGGAUGCCUCCCAAGAGAAGGUGUCUGCUCUGACCACUCAAAUUAGUGCUAAUGCUCACCUGGUUGCAGCAUUUGAGCAGAGCUUGCGGAACAUGACCAUCCGACUCCAGGGACUUACCACCACGGCUGAGCAGAAGGACUCUGAGCUGAACGAGCUGAGGAAGACCAUAGAACACCUGAAGAAGCAGAAUACCGUAGCCCAGUCAGACAUCAAUGGUGUCAUCAAUCUCCCAGAGCCCACCAGCAAAGGUGAUAGGUCAGCUUCAGCCAAUGAGAGCUCCCAGUCUCAGCCGGACCUGCGUAUCCACAGACAGCACUCAUCUGACAGUGUGUCCAGCAUCACCAGCGCCACCAGCCACUCCAGUGUGGGCAGCAAUCAGGAGCUGGACGCCAAGAACAAGAAGAAGAAGAAGAACUGGGUUUAUGAGCUGCGGAGCUCCUUCAAGCAGGCAUUUGGGAAGAAGAAGUCGUCCAACUCUGCGUCCUCCCACUCUGACAUCGAGGAGAUGACCGACUGUUCCCUGCCCUUCUCCCUCAAGCUAUCAGCAUAUAACGGCUCCACCGCCUCCACACCCAUGCUCCAGAACUCCCACUCCAACUCUCUCCCCAUUCUCUCUCCCCUGCCUGUUAGUAGGCGUGGCUGCGGCGGUAGCACUGGGGUGUUGAGGACUGGGUCUCUGGCUCGGAUCUCAGAGUACACAGACAGUGAGGCGGAGAAGGUGAUGGCGCUCCACAGUGAGCUCCGAGACAAGGAGAUGAAGCUGACUGACAUACGCCUGGAGGCCCUCAGCUCUGCCCACCAGCUGGAUCAGCUCAGGGAGUCCAUGAACCACAUGCAGGGCGAGAUAGAGAGGCUGAAGACCGAGAACGACCGUCUGAAGAUGGAGAGUCAGGGCAGCUGCAGCAGAGCAGCCUCACAGGCCUCAGUGGCCUCACCCUCAGCAGGCCAGUCAAAGCACGGCCUUGCCCUAACAGAGUCCACCAGCCUCGACAUGCUGUUGGAGGACAACGGGGACGGUAGCUCACGGAAAGAAGGACGACAUGUCAAGGUGGUCGUAACUCUGGAUGAGGAUACCAAGUGGAAAGAGGAGUGUAAACCUCGUCAGUUCCUAAUUGGUUGCAUUGGUGUCAGUGGGAAAACCAAAUGGGAUGUGCUGGAUGGGGUGGUCAGACGUCUCUUCAAGGAGUACAUCAUCCACGUGGACCCAGUCAGCCAUCUGGGUCUAAAUUCAGACAGUGUUCUGGGCUAUAGCAUCAGGGACAUACAUCGCACCAGUGGGGCUGACACCCCUGAACUCCUGCCCUGUGGAUACCUCGUUGGGGACAGUGACACCAUCUCUGUCUCCCUCAAAGGUGUGUGUGAGCACAGCCAGGACAGACUGGUAUUUCAGACACUGAUUCCCAAGCCCCUACUGCAGCGCUAUGUGUCCCAGCUCCAUGACCACGGCAGGAUCAUCCUGUCUGGCCCCAGCGGCACUGGGAAGAGCUUCCUGGCCAGCCGGUUGGCCGAACACAUGGUGCUGAGGGAGGGGAGAGAGGUCACCGAUAGGACCAUUGCCACGUUCAACGUAGACCACAAGUCAAGCAAGGAGCUGCAUCAGUACCUGUCUAACCUGGCUGACCAGUGUAAUAGUACGAGUCAUGUGGUGGACAUGCCCCUGGUGGUCAUACUGGACAACCUGCACCACAGCAGCUCCCUGGGAGAGGUCUUCAAUGGCCUGCUCAGCUGCAAGCACCACCACUGUCCUUAUAUCAUUGGAACAAUGAACCAGGCUACAUCGACCACUCACAACCUGCAGCUUCAUCAUAACUUCAGGUGGGUGCUGUGUGCCAACCACACUGAGCCAGUGAAGGGCUUCCUGGGUCGGUUCCUGAGGAGGAGGCUGAUGGAGACAGAGAUCAGCAGCCGACAGCGCAACGCUGAGCUCGUGAGGAUCAUCGAGUGGAUCCCUACUGUCUGGCAUCACCUCAACCGCUUCCUGGAGUCCCACAGCUCCUCAGAAGUCACCAUCGGGCCCCGCCUCUUCCUGUCCUGUCCCAUGGAUGUGGAGGGAUCCAGAGUGUGGUUCACAGAUCUGUGGAACUAUUCCAUCAUUCCCUACAUGCUGGAGGCUGUCCGAGAGGGGCUGCAGCUGUAUGGGAGGAGAGCUCCAUGGGAGGAUCCAGCACAGUGGGUGAUGGAGAGCUAUCCCUGGGCAGCCAGCCCUCUGCAGCACGAAUGGACCCAGCUGUUGAAGCUCCGGCCUGUGGACGUGGGAUUCGAUGGAUACUCCAUCUCCAAAGACGGCUAUCCCAGCAAGCAGCUUCCCCAGGGAGAAGCUGACGGAGACCCCCUGAUGAACAUGCUGAUGAAGCUAAAGGAAGCAGCCCACUGCUCCGCCAGCGCUCAGAGCUACGACAGCGACUCCAACAGCAACCAGGAUCACCAUGACAACACCAUGCUGGACUCAUCACUGGAAUCCACACUAUGAGUCUCACUGGGUCAGAUAAUACUCACUCUGGCUGGGACACAUCCUAACUUGAGAUACCUUUGUGUUAAUCAUCCAUUGACAUCAAUGGGAGACUGAUAUGAGGUUAUGUAUUUCAAGUUAGAAUUUUGACCUCUGUGACUUCAUAUCUUUAGGCAGACAUUAUAUAAUAGUUGGAACUCACUACUUUCCAAAAAGGGUUCUUCAAAGGGUUCUCCUAUUGGGACAGCCGAAGAACCCUUUUAGGUUCUAGAUGGCACCUUUUUUUUUUUAAGUGUGUAGGCUUUACAGGGCUAUGCAAUUCCGAUCCUGAAGGGCCGAAACACUUCUGUUUUUUCAUCCACUCCUUCUAAUAAGGAACUAAUUCAGACCUGGAACACCAGGUGAAUGCAAUUAACUACCAGGUAGAAACAAAAAACAGAAAUGUUUCACCCCUCCAGGAUGGGAAUGUAAUAGCCCUGGGCCAUACUGGAUGCUGGUAACCCAAAAUGAAAAUCCCACUCAAAGUUCAAUAACCUGAAUAAUUUCAACUCAGUACUCUACUAUUUUCAGUGUUUAUUAGGAGUCUGUUUACAAUCACGGGCAAAAGACAGUCAACCAUUAUAAAUGAAUUACAUAGUUUAUGAGACAUCAAACCAGUUGCCUUGACUGUGACCUAACCUAGGCUAUAGCUUAUGUGGUCCAAACUGAGUAGCAAUAACUGGAUAUACAUUCAGUCAGCUGCAUAGAGCUUGACCUGUGUGCAUUUUCUUAGUGGAGAGGCACACACCAUGGUGGACAUCUUUUUUAUGCUUAACUUUCAAACAAUGCCUUGCUACUUUUAUAACAACGGUGGUAACACGCAUUGACAAAGCCUUUGAUAAACUUUCUAUAGAGGCUGUGCAGAGUUUAGGUGCUGGCUGCUAGCUUGUUCAGACUUUGAUGAAAUUAAAACACAUCCAUUCUGUGCAGCUAGUGGGUAGCAAAAAUGUGUAGGCUUUUGUUAGGGAUUUUUUGAAAUCAGUGAUACUUAUAGGAUUUGUGGUGCUCUGCUUGGGAAAAUUUGAACUUAUUGACAGGAAAUGUUUUUUAUAUUACCUCAUGAGUGUUUCAAACAGUAUCCCAACAGUGCUUGUUUGUCUUUUGUUCAGCUCUAGACAGAGCUCCAUCCCUGCAUAAAAUUUUUCCAACACAGUGUUUCUCUAUAUAGAGGCACUUUGGACAUGUAGACCCACAUCUGAAAGGUCCCUGGCUAGAAAAGGAUCAGAGCGACUGCAUGGCUUUGAGACAGAGGCUGGCGUGUCUAGUCGUUCACUCUGGAGAUUUAGUGCCGGGACCAUUUGCAUCAAGUGUUAAUGGGAUCCUCAGUGUUGCUGUAUUGGAGUGACGGCUUUAUUCCCUCAUAAGAGGUACCACUUUGGUUGCUCCCCCUCACAAUGUCCCUAUUAUCUGCCAGUGUUGUUGCUGUUCAUCCUCAGAGUGUUCUUAGAAACAAAUGCUAUGCAAAUUUCAUUUGGAAUUUUAGACUGAAGCCCCCCAAAAAAAGUUUACUUGUAUUUUUACGUAUUACCAAGAUUUGUAUUGGAGGUACAUUAAUCUGUGAAUAUUUUUGGGAGGUUUGUAUUUUCACUACCAUAUCUUACUGGAGUGUAAAGGGUGAUGCAAGCACAAAUAGAAAAUGUUUUUUUUUGUCUUUUCUUGGUCCCACAAAGUUUGGAUGUUGGAAUGUUGUGAAAAAGGUGUGCUAUUGAAUCUAGUUGUUAAUAAUGUUGAAUAAUUCUUUGAUAUGUGAAUUUUGCUUAUGUACAUUUUUUUAUGUAAAGAUGUAAAUAUUUUAUCUGAAUCCCACGUUUUGAAAAAAAAUUCUAGAAAUCUUUUACAGAACUAGAGAGUAGUAAUUUGUGUACAGUUUGGUUUACUCUAUAGAUUGUAUGUUGUUAAUGUGUUGUCAAUAAUAGAUGUGAAUAAUCAUGAGACUGUGAGAAUAAAUCUGGUCACGAUA